GAGAGAGAGAAAGACAGGUUUUGAGCAAUGACAAGCAAAACUCUUAAUAACAUAAACAAAAAUAUUAUCAGUCAUGUUCUGUCGAUUGAUCAGUUUUGUUCCAUUUUCUUGUCUCAGACAGCAAUAUUUUCACUUACUAAAGCAACACUUUUAACAUUUUUCCUUUGCUUUAACUCUCAGAUUCUUUCAUCAAAUCAAAGUCUCUCUCUUUCACUUGUGUUUCAAUCACUUUCUCUUCACCUUUUUACUCUCUCUUUGUAUAUCUAGCUUUCAGCAAGUGCAUUCUCUUGUGGUUCUUUUAAAGAUACAACUGAAUAAUUCAGAAUCGUUACCUGUAGUCAGAAUUUGUUUGAUUUGUAGUGAUUUUAGCUGAUUAGAGAUGAACCCACAUUGAUUAUGGUGAGAAAUGACAUUUUUUAUUAGAUUCAGAAAUGGGUUGUGUCUUGGGGAGAGAGGUCUCCUCAGGCAUCGUAUCAGAAUCUAAGGAGGUUCAAAAUUUGAGUGUUGAAUCUAAUAAUAAUGGGAAAGAAGAUGUUGUUGCAGUGGAAAAAUUUGAUACUAAGGUUGUAGAGGUUCAAAAUGAUGAGGCCAACCAGGAGGAGGAGGAGAAAGUAGUUGAAGAGAAAAAACCAAGAAGGGAGAGGAGAACGUCAAAGCCAAACCCAAGGUUGAGUAGUCCACCUAAGCACUUGCAGGGUGAGCAGGUGGCAGCUGGCUGGCCUUCAUGGCUUACUGCAGUUUGUGGAGAGUCACUUAACGGGUGGAUACCGCGGAGGGCAGACUCGUUUGAGAAAAUUGAUAAGAUUGGGCAAGGAACGUAUAGCAAUGUGUACAAAGCUAAAGAUAUGUUAACUGGUAAAAUUGUUGCAUUAAAGAAAGUUCGCUUUGACAAUUUGGAACCUGAGAGUGUGAGAUUUAUGGCUAGAGAGAUUCUCAUAUUGAGGAGAUUGGAUCAUCCAAAUGUUGUAAAGUUGGAAGGUUUAGUGACUUCGAGGAUGUCAUGUAGUUUGUACCUGGUAUUUCAAUAUAUGGAGCAUGAUUUGGCCGGACUUGCUGCAAGCCCAGAAGUAAAGUUUACAGAGCCACAGGUUAAAUGUUACAUGCAUCAACUGCUGUCUGGACUUGAGCACUGUCACAACAAGGGUGUGCUUCAUCGGGACCUUAAAGGGUCUAAUCUUCUAAUUGAUGGUGGUGGAGUACUUAAAAUUGCUGAUUUUGGUUUGGCGUCUUUUUUCGAUCCAAACCGUAAGCAUCCCAUGACUAGUAGAGUGGUUACUCUAUGGUAUCGGCCUCCUGAACUGCUUCUUGGGGCCACUGACUAUGGUGUGGGUGUGGAUCUCUGGAGUGCUGGUUGCAUUUUGGCUGAGCUAUUGGCUGGGAAGCCUAUAAUGCCUGGCCGUACAGAGGUAGAGCAGCUACAUAAAAUAUAUAAGCUAUGUGGUUCACCUCCAGAUGAGUACUGGAAAAAGUCAAAGUUGCCAAAUGCAACCUUAUUCAAGCCGCGAGAGCCCUACAAAAGAAGCAUACGAGAGACGUUUGAAGAUUUUCCUCCAUCCUCACUGCCUCUGAUUGAAACACUUCUUGCAAUUGACCCAUCGGAACGUCAGACAGCCACUGCUUCAUUAAGAAGCAAAUUCUUCACCAUGGAACCUUUUGCUUGUGAACCUUCUAGUCUCCCUAAAUAUGCCCCAAGUAAGGAGAUGGAUGCUAAGCAACGAGAUGAUGAAGCUAGGAGACUAAGAGCUGCCAGUAAAGCCCAAGGUGAUGGUGCAAAGAAGACUCGAACACGUGAUCGGGCUGUUCGGGCAAUCCCUGCACCAGAGGCCAAUGCAGAACUUCAGUCUAAUCUCGAUAGGAGGCGCAUGAUCACGCGUGCGAAUGCAAAGAGCAAGAGUGAAAAGUUUCCUCCGCCACACGAGGAUGGAGCAGUUGGCUUUCCUUUGGGAUCAUCACGUCAUUUGGAUGCAACCUUUGUUCCUCCAGAUGUCCCAUUUAGCACCACCUUGUUCAGUUACUCAAAAGAACCAACUCGAACUUGGUCAGGUCCAUUAGCCAACUCUGCCAGCGUUGGCAAUCCAAGGCAAAGGAAGAAUACUGCAGGCGACCCAUUUGAUCCAUUGAAACCUCCAAGUGGAACAGUAAGAGGAAAAAGUGACAUUUCUCGAGUUAAGGGAAAUAAAAGCAUUGUUUAAACAUUCUGUGCAUACAUAUCAAGAAUGGUAGACUGCAUUUACCAACACAGUUUCAUAGGAGUCUCACCUUGGUGAGUGUAUGAAUUGACCCUGGUUUCUUCUUCCAUACAAGAGUGCCCACACAGCCACACCACCACCACCACAAACUCCUUCUCCCCUCCACAAAAAAGAGACACAAAAGCUUCUGUUCACUUUGUUGGGAUAGUGAAAGGUCUGCAGUGUUAUGUACACUUUGAUUUAUCUGAUAAAUUUUGAAUGUCUCAUCUAA